AUGCCUAAUUGUCUUUAUUGUUCAGAAUACGAACAAGAUUUAGAUCCUGACGGGCGUUCCGGUGAAUAUUGUAGUGAUGAUUGUCGUAGGAAAGCUUUAACUUCAGGAUUUACGAAACCCUGUAUACAUUGUAAGGAAUUUGCUAAACUUGAAUCAAGUCAAUACUGUGGCUGGUUUCAAUGUAGAAACGUAUCAAAGUGCACGUUAAAGUGUAUGACCUGUAAAGAAAAUGACGUUACGGUGUUAAAUUCUUUAUGGUGUUCUAAACGAUGUCGAAACAAGACACCUAAUUGGAAAUCCUUGGUAAAGAGUCAGGAAUUAUGUUUGAAGUGUAAAGAAGUUUAUGCACCUUUUAAGAAAGAUUUUUGUGCAAAAUGUGAAGAAUGGGUUAAUUGGAACGGACCUUGUGUAUUCAAACUUUCUAAAACUAGUGAAAAAUAUGAAGAUGUUUCUAAUCAAUUUGAAAAUUCUUGGAAACACGUGAGCAAGGUUUUACCAAGAAUACAUACAAUAUACAAACUUUUUCUCGAUGAGCAAAUUAAAUCACAGUACAACGAGCAUCGAGAAAAUAUUGAAAAAUUAAGGAAACUUGAGGGUCGACCAUUUCCCAAAGGUGAUGGCAAGCGUCUAAUGACAAAAGGAAAUGAGCAACGUAGAUUUCAUGGAACAAUAAUGGAAUGUCUUUUGGGGAUUGAGACGGAUACACUUUGUUCGAAUUUAAAAUGUGCAGUAUGUGGAAUAAUAACGGAAGGAUAUAAAUUAGAAUAUGCAAAAUCAUCUAGAUUUGGAUGUCAAAAAUUUGGGGAGGGAAUUUAUUUUUCAGGAACAUCAUCAAAAUCCGAUGAUUUCAAUGGCAAAUCUUUAAAAAUCUUCGAAGGUAUAAAGUAUAAAGUAAUGUUUUUAAAUAAGGUAAUUGUAGGUAGAACUUUUGAAUUAAUUCAAGCAGACAAAAGUCUAACGGGCCCUCCAAAAAAUUAUGAUAGCGUUGUUGGGGAACCUGGUUCUUUACUUAAUUAUGAUGAAUUAGUCGUAUAUAAUGAAUCUGCUUGUAUUCCUCAAUAUCUUAUUGUUUAUGAAAAAAGCAAAAAAAUUAAAGUGAAGAAUUCAUAA